UUGGCAACAAUGCGGACAGAUAAUUUUGAGUAACGAUUUUUAGGUUACCUCGUAUGAUAUAUUCUGCGAAACUGGUGUAAAUCUUGCUCGAGUUGUGUCCGCAGGAUAUUGACAAAAUGUCUAGAAGAAAUUCGGGAGAUGACUAUAGAAAAGUGUUUGACGUUGUCAGGGUCAAGUGUCUACAGAACCGAGGACAGGAGAGAGGAUGACAGGAGAGAGGAUGACAGAGGUAGGGAUCGUUCUCCACUCAGAACCGAAGAACGUAGCAAUACAGACGAUUGUGACCAAUUGGAUGCAAAGAAACAGAAGUUGGCAUUUGGCUUUGGGAAAAAGGCUGGCAAUGAACAGAAGAAAGGAAUUCAAAUUAAAUUAGGUUCUGUCUCUAAAUCAACUGCAAAAGCAACGACAGUACAAAAACCAACGGUAGCCUCGGUGUUCAACACGGACGAUGAUGAAGAACCAGAGGAGAUGCCGGCAGAAGCGAGAAUGAGGAUGCGAAAUAUCGGGCGUGAAACACCAACAUCUGCUGGGCCAAAUUCGUUCGGAAAAACAAAACAAGGAUUUUGCGACUCUAAAAAGAUAUUUGAGAAAACACUAAAGAAAGCAAUGGAAGAGGCAAACAAAUGA